CACCGUGAGCGCAGAGGAGGAGGAGGCGGCGGCGGCGGCGGCGAGAGAGCGAGCACCCAGCGCCCGCACCCACCCCGGGGCCGCCCGGGACGCCCCCUCCCGAGCGUGCUUCCCCCCUUCUCUCUUGCAAGCGCCCGGGCAAAGGCGGAGACAGCGGGGUCCCUCCUCCCCCCCUUUUCCCUCCUCCAGGGGGAACCCCCCUUCCCCCCGCCUUGGCUCAGCGGCUGCACCCCCUCCUUCGCCCGCCCCUCCGCCCCUGUCUCCUCCCUCCCCCGCCCGGGGCCUUCCCGGGCCUUUGGCUGCUGCAAAGAAAAAAAAGGAGAGAGAGAGAAGGAAAAAAAAGCAGCAGCGGAGGGAGCGGCGGCGGAGGAGAGCGCGCGCGCGCCCCCUCCCUCCCUCCCUCCCUCCCCCUCCCCCCAAUUUCCACCGCGGCCAAUUCAUGGACAGGAACUACCCCAGCGCCGGCUUCGGGGACCCGCUCGGCGCCGGGGCGGGAUGGAGUUACGAGAGGUCAGCGAAAGCUAGCUUGGUCUAUGGCAGCUCCAGGACCUCGCACCCCGAGACGGACAUCUUACACCGCCAGGCCUACGCGGCCCCCCACCCACUGCAAAGCUAUGCCACCAACCACCACCCUGCAGGCCUCUCUGGACUCUUCGACACUGGCCUUCACCACGCAGGCUCAGCUGGGCCCGACGCCUCCGUCAUGAAUCUCAUCUCGGCCCUGGAGUCCCGGGGCCCCCAGCCUGGCCCCUCCGCGUCCUCUCUCCUCUCCCAGUUCCGCAGUCCUUCCUGGCAAACAGCCAUGCACACUCCAGGCCCCACGGAGCUCUUCAUCUCGGGUGCCCUGCCGGGUUCCAGCACCUUCCCAUCCUCCUCUGCCCUGUCGGCCUAUCAGCACCCAGCUUCCUUUGGCAGCCGCCCCUUUCCAGUGCCCUCGUCCCUCAGCCUCCAGGACCCCCCAUUCAGUCCCCCUGCUAAUGGGCUUCUGUCCCCUCAUGAUGUGCUGCACCUGAAGCCCUCACAGGCACCCACAGUGCCCUCCUCACUGGGCUUUGAGCGCCUGGCCGGGGGUGGCGUCCUGGGGCCCGCUGGUCUUGGCCCGGCCCAGACCCCUCCUUACCGCCCUGGUCCCCCAGACCCACCCCCGCCUCCUCGCCACCUCCCAACUCAGUUCAACCUGCUGGCUUCCUCUUCUGCCGCUGCUGCCGAGCAGUCCUCCCCACAGCUGUAUAACUUCUCGGGUGCUGCCCCAGGCCCACCGCCGCCCGAGCGGGCCCUACCCCGCCAGGACACUGUCAUCAAGCACUACCAGCGGCCUGCCAGUGCCCAACCCCCACCACCCCCGCCACCAGCUCACGCCCUCCAGCAUUACUUAAGCUGCGGAGGCAGCUACCCUUCCAUGGGCCACCGGGCCAACCUAGCCUGCAGUCCCCUGGGUGGUGGGGAACCCUCCCCAGGUGCUGGCGAGCCGAGCAAGGCUGGACCCAGCGGAGCUACGGGUGGAGCAUCAGGCCGGACCACGGGCCCUGAGGCGACUGGGGGAGGCGGAGCAGGGGGUGGUGGUGGAGGUUACCGCCCUAUCAUCCAAUCGCCGGGUUACAAGACAGGCAAAAGUGGUUAUGGAGCAACCACGGGGGGAGCCACUAGGCCCCCACCGCCCCGCUCAACUGCCACGCCUAAAUGCCAGAGCCUGGGGGGGCCAGCAGCAGCCUAUGCCGCUGGGAAGGCUUCUGGGGCUGGCGGGGCAGGGGGCCAGGCAUAUUCCCCUGGUCAGCCCCAAGGGCUUCUGGGACCCCAGGCCUAUGGGCAAGGCUUUGGAGGGGGGCAGGCACAGGACUUGAGCAAAGGCCCCAGCUACUCGGGGGGGCCCCCGCAGCCGCCCAGUGGGCCUCCUCCUCCUGGCCUAGCAACAUGUCAGAGUUACUCUCCGGACCAGCUGCAGGGGCAGCUUUAUGGGGUACAGGGCGAGCCAUACCCAGGGCCAGCCGCCCACUCUCAGGGGCUGCCUACCGCCAGCCCCUCGCUCAGCUAUAGUACUGGCCAUUCACCGGCACUGUCUGGUCAUGGUGGUGGCUGGGGUCCCAGCUCCCUGGGCACUGGCGGGGAGGCCAGCCCAUCCCACAUCAUCCGCCCGCUACAGUCACCACCUGCCACUGGCCGCCCGCCUGGCGUCGCCUCUCCAGGAGCCCCCGGCAAGUACCUGAGCUCGGUCCUGGCCUCGGCCCCAUUCCUGGCACCCCCAGGAGCUGGCAGCUAUGCAGCUGGAGCAGGUGGUUACAAGGGCAAGGGGGAUGGCUCAGAACUGCUGGCCGGCCCUGGUGGGCCGCCAGCUGAGCGCACUGAGGACGAAGAGUUCCUCAUCCAGCACCUCCUGCAGGCGCCCAGCCCUCCGCGGACCUCAGGGGCAGACGGCUUAGUGGGCGAGGAUGGGGCAUCGGAUGCCUCCAAGGGACUUGGGGGCGGUGGCGGGGCUGGGGGACCACCGGGCACGCCGUACGAGCUGGCCAAGGAGGACCCCCAGCGGUACCACCUACAGAGUGUCAUCCGCACCAGCGCCAGCCUUGAUGAGGGGACCACAGCAGCCCUGGAGCUGGGCCUGGGAAGGCUGAAGGAAAAGAAGAAGGGGCCUGAACGGGGCAGCGAGACCCCCGAGGGUUUGGCCACCUCCGUGGUCCACUAUGGUGCUGGUGCCAAGGAGCUGGGGGCAUUUUUGCAGAAGAGCCCACCACCCCCACCACCCUCUGCUCAGCCGUCCCAGCCCACGCCCCAUGGCCUCCUCCUGGAAGCUGGAGGUCCCGAUCUCCCACUGGUGCUGCCUCCACCUCCUCCCCAGCUGCUGCCCUCCGUCCUCAGCCACGCUCCCAGCCCCUCUUCCAGCGCCUCUAAAGUCGGAGUUCACCUCCUGGAGCCAGCUACCCGGGAUGGAGCCCCCCAGCCCCCGCCGCCCCCACCGCCUCCCCCCAUACCCCUCCAGCUUGAGGCCCACCUCCGCAGUCAUGGCCUGGAACCUGCCGCCCCCAGUCCUCGCCUGCGUCCCGAGGAGAGCCUGGAGCCCCCAGGGACUAUGCAGGAACUGCUUGGGGCCCUGGAGCCACUGCCCCCGGGGCCUGGCGACACUGGCGUGGGCCCCCCAAACACAGAAGGGAAGGACCCAGCAGGCACCUACCGUAGCCCCAGCCCGCAAGGCCCCAAGGCCCCCCGCUUCGUGCCGCUCACCUCCAUCUGCUUCCCUGACUCGCUGCUCCAGGACGAGGAGCGCAGCUUCUUCCCCACCAUGGAGGAGAUGUUUGGUGGAGGGGCAGCAGAUGACUACAGCAAGGCUGGGGCACCCGAGGACGAAGGUGACCCCAAAGAAGGUGCCGGGCCUCCACCAGGUCCCCCGGCCUAUGAUCCCUACGGGCCCUACUGUCCAAGUAGGGGGUCCGGAGGCGGGCCUGAGACGCCGGGUCUGGGCCUAGACAAGCCGCCGGAGCUGCCUUCCACCGUCAACGCUGAGCCCCUAGGCCUGAUUCAGAGUGGGCCACACCAGGCUGCCCCACCACCUCCGCCCCCGCCCCCGCCCCCCACCUCUGAGCCCAAGGGAGGCCUGACCUCACCCAUAUUCUGCUCAACCAAGCCAAAGAAGCUGCUGAAGACAUCCUCUUUUCAUCUCCUGCGGCGCCGUGACCCACCUUUCCAGACACCCAAGAAGCUCUAUGCCCAGGAGUACGAGUUUGAGGCAGAUGAGGACAAGGCUGACGUGCCCGCUGACAUUCGCCUCAACCCCCGCCGCCUACCUGACCUGGUGUCCAGCUGCCGCUCCCGCCCGGCCCUCUCGCCUUUGGGUGACAUUGACUUCUGCCCGCCCAACCCUAGCCCUGAUGGCCCCCGACGCCGAGGCCGCAAGCCCACCAAGGCCAAGCGUGAUGGCCCACCGAGGCCCCGGGGGAGGCCCCGAAUCCGCCCGCUGGAGGUCCCCACUUCCGUGGGUCCAGCCUCUGCUUCUGCGACCACCGAUGGGGCCAAGAAACCCCGGGGACGGGGACGAGGAAGGGGCAGGAAGGCUGAAGAGGCUGGGAGCAACCGGCUGGAGCCCCUGAAGCCACUUAAGAUCAAGCUGUCUGUACCCAAGGCGGGUGAGGGCCUGGGCGCGUCGUCGGGUGAUGCCGUGUCAGGUACUGACCAUAAUAGCCUGGAUUCGAGUUUGACACGGGAGAAGAUUGAGGCCAAGAUCAAGGAGGUGGAGGAGAAACAGCCUGAGAUGAAGUCUGGGUUCAUGGCCUCCUUCCUGGACUUCCUCAAGUCUGGCAAGCGCCACCCACCACUCUACCAGGCUGGCCUGACGCCCCCUCUUAGCCCCCCAAAGAGUGUGCCACCCCCGGUGGCGACCCGUGGCCUGCAGCCCCAGCCUCCUGCCACGCCUGCCCUGCCCCAUGCACCUCCUGCCGGUGCCUUCGGGCUAGGGGGUGCAUUGGAGGUAGCUGAGAAUGAGGGACUGGGCCUGGGCUGCCCCUCGCCCUGCAAGCGCCUGGACGAAGAGCUCAAGCGGAACCUCGAGACACUGCCCUCCUUCUCCUCGGAUGAGGAAGACUCUGUUGCCAAGAACCGGGACCUGCAGGAGAGUAUCUCCUCAGCCAUUUCAGCCCUUGACGACCCGCCCCUCGCCGGGCCCAAGGACACCUCUGCUCCAGAUGGGCCCUCUUUAGCUGCUGCAGCUGCAGUUCCAGGGCCACCCCCUCUCCCAGGACUCCCUAGCGUUGGCAGCAACGGCACACCCGAGCCCCCGCUGCUGGAAGAGAAGCCCCCGCCCUCUCCGCCUCCUGCCCCCACCCCUCAGCCACCACCGCCACCACCGCCAGCCCUGCCGUCCCCACCCCCACUGGUGGCCCCUGUGCCCAGCUCACCACCGCCACCACCACCACCACCCCCGCCAGCCCUCCCCUCCCCUCCACCUCUGCCACCACCGCCGCCGCCUCCACCAGCUGCAGCCCCUCCUGAGGAGCCUGCUGCUGCCUCGUCCCCUGAGGACCCUGAGCCACCUGACGCCCGUCCCCUACACCUGGCCAAGAAGCAGGAAACAGCAGCCGUUUGUGGCGAGACGGACGAGGAGGCGGGCGAGAGUGGCGGGGAGGGCAUCUUCCGAGAGCGCGACGAGUUUGUCAUCAGGGCCGAGGACAUCCCUUCCCUCAAGCUGGCGUUGCAGACGGGGCGUGAGCCCCCGCCCAUCUGGCGAGUACAGAAGGCUCUGCUGCAGAAAUUUACUCCAGAGAUAAAGGAUGGACAGAGGCAGUUUUGUGCCACCAGUAAUUAUUUGGGGUAUUUUGGGGAUGCAAAAAAUCGGUACCAGCGCCUGUAUGUGAAGUUCCUGGAGAAUGUCAACAAGAAGGAUUAUGUGAGGGUCUGUGCUCGGAAGCCCUGGCACCGGCCCCCUGUGCCUGUCAGACGAUCCGGUCAGGCCAAAGGCCCCACAUCUGCCGGGGGCAGCUUUGCCCCUCCCCCCAAAGCCCCAGCACCACCUCCUAAGCCAGAGACGCCUGAGAAGACAACAUCUGAGAAGCCCCCAGAGCAGAUGCCCGAGACGGUUAUGCCCGAGCCCCCUGCACCUGAGAAGCCAUCCCCACCGCGGCCCGCUGAGAAGGAGAAGGAGCGGGCAUCACGUGGAGAGCGGCCCUUGCGGGGUGAGAGGGCCACAGGUGGACGGCAGACCCGGCCUGAACGGAGCCUUGCUUCAGGACAAUCCACUGCCUCCCGGCUGCCCAAGGCCCGGCCCACCAAGGUGAAGGCUGAACCGCCCCCCAAGAAGAGAAAGAAGUGGCUGAAGGAGGCGACGGGCAAUAUGUCAGCAGGCGGGGGCCCACCUGGCAGCUCCUCAGACUCAGAAUCAUCCCCUGGCGCGCCCAGCGAGGACGAGCGGGCAGUUCCUGGGCGCCUGCUAAAGACCCGGGCGAUGCGGGAGAUGUACCGGAGCUAUGUGGAAAUGUUGGUGAGCACAGCACUCGACCCAGACAUGAUUCAGGCCCUGGAGGACACGCAUGAUGAGCUGUACCUCCCGCCCAUGCGGAAGAUCGACGGCCUCCUGAAUGAGCACAAGAAGAAAGUCCUGAAGCGGCUGUCGCUGAGCCCAGCCUUGCAGGACGCCCUGCACACGUUCCCACAGCUGCAAGUGGAGCAGAGUGGGGAAGGCUCCCCGGAGGAUGGGGCCGUGCGGCUGCGGCCAGCUGGGGAACCGUAUAACCGCAAGACUCUCAGCAAGCUCAAGAGGAGCGUGGUCCGAGCCCAGGAGUUCAAGGUCGAGCUAGAGAAGUCGGGAUACUACACACUCUACCACUCACUCCACCACUAUAAGUACCACACCUUCCUUCGCUGCCGGGACCAGACACUGGCCAUCGAGGGCGGCGCCGAGGACCUGGGCCAGGAGGAGGUGGUGCAGCAGUGCAUGCGGAAUCAGCCGUGGCUGGAGCAGCUGUUUGACUCCUUCAGCGACCUGCUGGCCCAAGCACAGGCCCACAGCCGCUGUGGGUGACCCCAGCCCACUUGGGAGGGGGGCCACCUCCGCCACGAACCGAGAACUGGGACAGAACUAUGUCCUCAGGAGCUAACCCCAUGCCCCGUCGCCAGGGAAAGAGGGGGUCACUGGUCAGGGUGUGUCCAUGCCCCCCAGGGCAGGGUUCAGAGGUUGACUCUCGCCCUCUCCCAAGCCCUCUCCACUCCCUCCCUGCCCCGCCUACUGUUCGGUGUACAGAGAAAUUAUUUAUAUAUAUGUAUAAAUGUCUAUUUAGUAACGGUUUCCCUCCCCGCCCUUGUCCCGCUACCCCUACCACGGCCAUAGCCCCGCCCCUCCACCUUGUACAUAAUGUAUAGGAAAAGUCUAUGUAUGGUUGAGGGGGGAGGGGCGGCUUCAGAGAGCUGGGGGACCCCCUCCCCCCAAGCCCUUCCUGCAGGCCAAGAUCUUUGCUAAAGGCCAUUCCCUCCCCAGGGCAUUCGGUGUCGGGUGGAAGUGGGAACGGGGAAAAAUGCAUCUUGUUAAUUAUUUUUAAUCUUAUUUAUUGUACAUACCUUGGGGUGGGGGGGGCUAGGGAGGUGGAGGGGGGAGAAGGAUCCCCUCCCUCUGCCCCACCCCACUCCUUUUCUACAGCGAUUUGUCUGUGUCUGUUUCCCCCGCCCUGCCCCCCUCCCGCCCCUGUGCCACCCUCUGUCCCCAUCCCAUUGUUGUCUGGAUGUGGUUCUAUUUUUUAUCAGUGUCCUUUUCUCUCCUCCCUCUCUGACCUCCCACCCUGACCUCCCCACCACCCUUUGUCUCUUCUUGCUCUUUCUUGGGCUUCUGUACAACUCAACUUGUAUACACUGUGUACACACAACCAGCCAAACGAAAAUCCAACGGCAAACACUUUA